CAAAUGUCUUCAGUCGUUGAGUGGCCGUUAAGGCGUGAAGAUCGACUUAACUCUUGUGUGGGGAAACUACGCUACGUUGUUGGCCAAAUAAAAAACAAUUCUUUGGUUUGACCGGUCAGUGAUUUUGACAUAGUGAACGUGUAAAAGAAGAAAGUUAACCAACAUCAAGAAACCCAGCAGCAACUGCGUAGAUAUGAAUCGUUCCACGAUAUGCCUUUUAUUGGCAUUUAUGCAAAUAUUUGCAUAUGUUCGGGCAGAAGGCAAAUACACUGUUAUCGCUCCCGGCACCAUUCACUCGGAAGACAAGUAUACAGCUGCCGUUGCCGUUCAUCAUGUCGACAAGGCUUGCCAAAUCAAGAUAGGCAUCACCGGCCCCUCCUUCAAUGAGACCAAAGUUGUGGAAGUUAAGAAUGCCGAAAUCAAAAAUGUCGACUUCGAUGUUCCCGCCUUAGAGAAGGGCGAUUACAAUCUCACAGCAGAGGGUGUCAACUGCUUUGAUGGCUUUAAGAACACCACCAAGCUGAACUAUGCCAAAUUUGAUCCUUAUGUACGCAUUCAAACCGAUAAGGGUCUCUAUAAGCCCGGUGAUGAGGUCAACUAUCGCUUGGUGUUCUUGGACAAGGAUUUGAAACCAGCUACUGUGAAUAAUAAAAAUGCCACCAUUUGGUUUGAGGAUGGCAAAAGGAAUCGCAUUAAGGAAAUCAAAGAUUUUACCGUCAGUCAUGGUGUGCAUACUGGAAAAUUUAAAAUUUCCGAAUUCCCCGUUAUGGGAUACUGGUCUAUGGGUGUAUCUGGUGUGGGUGGUUAUGGUGAUUAUGGCCACUCUGCCACCUUUGAAGUGCAAAAAUAUGUUCUACCUAAGUUUGUGGUAAAGGCGGAGGCUACGCCAGCGGUUUCCGUGAAAGAUGGUGAUAUGCAAGUGGUUGUGCGUGCCAACUACACCUAUGGCAAACCUUUGAAUGGCAAAACAACUCUCAUCCUUACCCUGGGACCCCGAUAUUACGGUUUUCAUUCCGGUCCCAAAGCAGCUGAACAUCAGGAAGCCCCAGUCAUCAUCAAGACCGCUGAUAUGGUUCAGGGCAAAGCAAAAAUCGAUCUUAAUGUCAAGCAGCUGGAAGCCUUCCUACACACCGAAAAUUAUGCAACAUAUGCCAGUAUAGUGGCCACCGUGGAAGAGGAGUUCACUGGAGUGAAAAUAAACGCCACCGAUGACACACAAAUUUAUCCCUAUCGUUAUUCCAUGAAUUGUGCUGAAUAUGACACCUGCUAUUCCUUUGAGGCCGAUAAGGAAAAGGAAGUCAUUAUCAAAUUGAGUCUGGUGGAUGGCACUCAUUUGUCUGAUACCAAGAAUCCAGUGGAGCUAGUCUAUCAAGAAGUGCUAAACAAGCACGAAUACUAUUCGCAUUUUCCCAGAUUUGGUGCUGAUGGUACAGAAGAGGAGACCACAACGACAACAGUGAGCCCACCUGUGUCCGAGGAACGUAAAUUAAGUUUCACCUCACACAUGAAUGCCACCGGUUUUGCCCACUUUAAAAUAUCCCUGCCUGAUUUGAAAGAAUACGAAGGCUAUUCCCAUUAUUACAAUGUGGUAGUUCAUUAUCGCGAUGAGAAACGUGAAGUUACCAAUGCCUAUCAAUAUCGUGAGCCCAAAGAGCCAAACAAUCAGGCAACUAACGAAGAACCCAAGGAUUACUUUAAAAUCAAGAGUAAAUACUACAAUGAACGUCCCAAGCUUAACCAGGCAGACCAAUUCACCAUAAACUCCAGCCAACCUUUCUCCUACUUUGAUUAUAACAUCAUUGCCCGUGGUAAUAUCUUGAAGAGUGGUCAUGUCGAUUUGCCUGAGCAAACCAAGGUCUACAAUUUAACCCUGAUCCCAGACUUUGUUUAUGCCCCUCACUUUGCCCUGUAUGUCUACUAUGUGGAUGAGCAUGGUGAAUACCACUAUGCGGAGGAGACCUUCAAUGUCGAAUUUGAAUUGCAGAACCAUAUCAAUGUAACCGCCGCCGAGCAAGUGAAACCCGGCGAGCAGGUAGCCUUGAAAAUUAAAACUGCUCCCAAUUCCUUUGUGGCCCUUACUGCUGUCGAUCAAAGUGUGCUCUUGCUAAGAUCCAACAAUGACUUGAGUCAUUCGGAAUUCGGUUGGACUGUGGGCAACUAUGGCACACACACACCUCAUCAGGGUGGAUAUUCCCCAUAUCCUGGAUCAAACAGUGGCUGUGUAACUCUGACAAAUGGCGAUUAUUUCUAUAAUUGGACUAAACCCGAAUACAUGAUGACAAGUGAGUUUGGUGGUGGCGUUUGGAAACGAAAGAAAACUAUUAAAAAAACUAUCAAGAAAAAGGUUGGCUCUGGAGUUCGUACUGAAGUCGUACAAUCCGCUGCAGGAUUUGGUGGCGCUGCUGGUGGUUCUAGCGGUGAACCUAUUCAAGUCCGUCAAGACUUUUCGGAAACCUGGUUAUUCGAUAAUAUUGAAAACACUGACAAGGAAGAAUUCACCUGGUCCAAGAAGAUUCCCGAUACCAUUACCUCUUGGGUGGUGACCGCCUUUGCCAUGAACAAGGAAAAGGGUUUGGCUGUUACAGAGGAUAAGACCAAGAUAACCACCUUCCAGCCUUUCUUCAUCUCAGUCCGUUUGCCUUACUCCGUCAAAAGAGGAGAAGUCAUCAAUGUCCCCGCCUUGGUUUUCAACUACUUGAACAAAGAUUUGGAUGUUGAAGUUACUCUGGAUAACACCGACGGUGAAUUCGAAUUCACUGAAGUCAAUAAUGAGGUCAUUGGUGAUCUAAAGCGCACCAAGACAGUGCGUGUACCUGCCAAUGGUGCUGCCGGUGUUGCCUUCAUGUUGCGCCCCAAAGUUUUGGGCAAUGUUUUGCUGAAGUAUACCGCCGUUUCACCUGUGGCCGGUGAUGCCGUCCACAAAGCCAUGAAGGUGGUGCCCGAAGGUAUUACCAAAUAUGGCAAUCGUGCCUUCUUUGUCAAUCUGAAUAAGGAACCUGAACAAGAGAGCUCCUUUGAAUUGGAAUUGCCUGCUGAAAUUGUGCCCGACUCCCAACAUGUUGAGGUGGGAGUUGUGGGUGAUAUUUUGGGUCCUGUUGUCAACAAUUUGGAUAAUUUGGUGCGCUUGCCCACCGGUUGUGGUGAGCAGACCAUGUCUUCCUUGAUGCCCAACUACAUGGUUAUGAAGUAUUUCGAGCAUAUGAAACGUUUAACCCCCAGCUUGGAGACCAAGCUACGCUACAACAUGGAGACUGGUUAUCAACGGAUGCUUAACUACCGUCAUGAGGAUGCUUCCUUCAGUUCCUUUGGUCCUUCCAAAGACUCUGAAAGACCCUUGAAUGGUUCCACCUGGUUGACAGCCUAUGUGGUGCGUUCGCUGCAACAACUGGAGGACUAUAUUAAGGUGGACCCCAAGAUUGUCUCUGAGGGUUUGGAUUAUUUAAUAAAGCAACAGGCGGAAAAUGGUUCUUUCACCGAAAAGGGCAGUUAUUUCUAUUUAUCACAGGCCAAUCAUGUUUCGCUGACCAGCAAAGUUUUGUUGGCUUUGCUAGAGAAUGAGACUUAUGCUGAGAAAUAUGCUGCGGAAAUUCAAAAGGGUCUCUCAUACAUAGCCAAGCAUGAGGAUGAUUCCAAAUCUCUGCAUGCCCAAGCCAUUGCUGCCUACACCUUGAACAAGGCCAAACAUGUUGCUGCCCCUGAAAAAUUAGCCCAUUUGAAUAGUUUGGCCAAGACUGAUGGUGAUCGCAAAUGGUGGUCCUCUUGGGAUAGACCUCAUCAGCUGAGAUGGUGGCUGUAUGUCUAUAGCAGUGAUGUUGAGAUCAGUUCCUAUAUUCUAUUGACUCUGCUGGAUCAACCUCAAGCCAGUGUCGAUGAGGUCUUCCCCAUUGUCAGAUGGUUGGUGGCCCAACGUAACAGCUAUGGUGGUUUCUCCUCAACCCAGGAUACAGUGCUCGGUCUACAGGCCUUGAUACAAUUAGCCACAUUGGCUGAUUACAAACCAGCUCAAAUGGUUGUGGAUAUUACCUCCAAGAGUGAGGACAAGAAGAAACAUGAGAGUGUUAAAUUAAAUGAGGAAAAUGGAAUUUUAUAUCAACGGUUUGAGAUGCCUGCCAAAACAAAAGCUGUUGAUUUCUCAGCCAAGGGUACCGGCACCGCCAUGGUUCAAAUUGCCUAUCAGUACAACAUUGUGGAUAAGGAUGCCAAGCCCAGUUUUGUCAUAACCCACAACAAACAAAGCUCUGCACUUAAGUCACUGCUCUUAAUGGAGGUAUGUGCCGAAUAUCAGGGAGAAGGUGAAGCCUCCAAUAUGGCUGUAUUGGAAAUUAAUGCUCCCUCGGGAUAUGUGGUCGAAGAGGAAAGUUUGCCCGCUGUAGAGAAGGUGCCCCAUGUCAGCAACACCGAAUUGAAGAAUGCCGAUUCCCUUUUGGUUGUCUAUUUCGAUCAUUUGUAUAAAAACAAAAAGACUUGCAUUCUCUAUGAGGCCACCAAGGCCCAUGCGGUGGCCAUGCAGAAGCCUGCCUCCAUUGUCGUGUACGACUACUAUGACACCAGCAUGAAAGCCACCGAUUUCUAUGAGGUUGAAUCGAAACUUUGCGACAUCUGUGAGGGUGAAGAACAGUGCAGCAAAUGCAAAUAGGCCAAACAAAGUGAAGUGCUUGCUUA